GUGUACCCCUCUCUUUUAAGUACUUUCCAUAGCUUCUCUUCUCUUCUUUCUUCUUUAAGGGCAGGGACGACCUGAGAAACACAGUAAAUUUAUUAAGAAGCCGGCCAGAUAGCCUGCAGCAUUUAUAAUAUGGGUUUGAUCAUCAUCAUGAUUAGGUACUUGGUCUUGAUAGUGGCUUUCAUAGAUGCUGCAACUGCUGUAACACACCAGGUUGGAGACAGUACUGAGGGCUGGGCCGUACCGUCCUCCACCUCCUUUUACACCACCUGGGCUAACUCUCAGAAAUUCUCCGUCGGCGACAUCUUGGAAUUCAAAUGGACUUCGACGCACAAUGUGUUGGAAGUGACCAAGACUGAAUACGACGACUGCACAGGGACGAACGGCGUGCCUUCGAGUACCAGUCCUGUGAGUGUUAACCUUACUAAUACCACCGCUCGCUACUUCAUCUGCACUGUCGGGAGUCACUGUACAAGUGGCCAGAAGCUGGCUGUGACCUCCGUGGCAGCAACCAACUCAACCUCUGGCUCCUCAGCCUCCAUGCCCACUGCUGCUCUCUUACCUGCACUUCUCUCCACCAUAGCCAUCAUCUCUUUCCUGAUCACUAUAUAAACCAUUGUCCCCGGCACCAUGCAUUAUAUAUUGCAUGUGUAACAUCAUGAUCCUCAUCGAUCUUUUCCUUCCGUUUGUUUCUUUGCUUUUAACGUCUACUUGUUAUGGUGCUUCAUCCUGUAUUAUUAUUAUUAUUAUAUGUAGUGACUAAUGCAUGCUUACAUGAGUAUAAUAUUUUAAAUAUAUCAAUAAAAUCAUCUCAGUUAAGUUU